GGCGAGGGUGCGGAGGAAUGGAAACUUCUGCCACCAACAGCAUGCGUUAGCAACUUCCUUCUCUGUGGUUUUACUCUGUCAUUCCCUUGAUAAAAGAGCUCAAGCUGCGCAAAUGUAACCAACACAAAUCGCAUCUUGACAUGAAAACAGCCGCCUUUCGAGAAGCGGGCUGCCUCAGAGAUGAGGCACGAUGCACUCUGAACUGGGUCACUCUCCACCUCGAGGGCUCAGGGUGCAGCUGACUUUCUGUGCAUGUCCUUGUACCACAGGCUUUGAGUGUCGCUGGCCACCCCAGGGGAGAGAGAGACAUGGGCAACAGCAUGAAAUCCACCCCUUCGCCCCCGGAGCGGCCCCUGCCCAGUACAGAUGGGCUGGAGAGUGAUUUCCUCGCCGUGCUGACUGAUUACCCCUCUCCUGACAUCAGCCCCCCAAUAUUUCGCCGAGGGGAGAAAUUACGUGUGAUUUCUGAUGAAGGCGGCUGGUGGAAAGCCAUUUCUCUCACCACAGGCAGAGAGAGUUACAUCCCUGCAAUCUGCGUGGCCAGAGUGUACCAUGGCUGGCUGUUUGAAGGACUAGGCAGAGACAAGGCUGAGGAGCUGCUGCAGCUGCCAGACACCAAGGUGGGCUCCUUCAUGAUCCGGGAGAGUGAGACCAAGAAGGGUUUCUACUCACUGUCGGUGAGGCACAGGCAGGUGAAGCACUACCGCAUCUUCCGCCUGCCCAACAACUGGUACUACAUCUCGCCCAGGCUCACCUUCCAGUGCCUGGAGGACCUGGUCAACCACUACUCCGAGGUGGCUGAUGGCCUGUGCUGUGUGCUGACCACACCCUGCCUGGCCCAGAGCACGGCCUCCCCUGUGGCAAGGGCGCCCAGCUCGCCUGUCACCUUGCGCCAGAAGACAUUCGAUUGGAAGAGGGCAUCUAGACUCCGGGAGACCCCCCAGGGAGCAGGGAACCCACUUGGAGUGGAUGAGUCCCUUUUCAGCUAUGGCCUUCGGGAAAGCAUUGCAUCCUACCUGUCCCUGACCGGGGAUGAUGCCAGCCCCUUGGACCGGAAGAAGAAGAGCAUGUCCCUGAUGUACAGUGGGAGCAAGCGCAAGAGCUCGCUCUUCUCAGCACCGCAAUAUUUUGAGGAUUAGCCGAGGUCACAGGACAGAGAUUCCAGCUGUCCCCUAAGAUCCUGCAAAAAGCAGGGUUCUCUGACCCCUGGGCACUCAUGCCUUCCAGAAGCUACGAGAAGCUAUGUGGAGAUUCAGCUCACAUCUUCUCCAGCCACAUCAUAGCUAAAGAAGCCUGCUUGGCAUCAUAUCGGUACUGCAACAUCUGGACAGGCUAAAAGGUGACACCGCAGGCCACCACCUCAGAGCCCAGCGUGUGAGCGUGGAUGCACUGUGUGUGCAGGGCCAAGGACAUGCCUGAAGGAAGGCACUUCUCUGCCCCUUCGUCUAGAUACCCUGCCCAAGUCCUCGGGGAGGAUUUUUCUCUGGAUAAUGCUGGUCUCAAGACCCACCAGAGCCAGAGGCCCGGAAGAACAGGAUCAGCAUGGGCAGAUCCUGCAUGCACAGAGCUUCUUGCACUGGCCUGUGAAGACCUUUGGGACACAGUGCACCGCCCCUCUUUUCAAGGGACCCCCAAACACUACACACUAGCUCAAAGGUCUUAGUAGCUGUGCACAGGAGGGACCUUUGAUACUCUCAUGUGCCAGUGCCAUGGGGCAGCAGCUGCCAGCCUCCCUGGCUCCUACCAGGGCUGGGCCUCAGGAGAGAGGGAGGGAUGCUGCUAGCUGGGAAGAGGUAGGGGGCUGGGGGUGUACAGCUUCCAGCGUGGCCCUAGUCAUGGCCACAGUGCAGGAAGUGCACCUCGGCUGCUGGCGGGCUCGGCUAUCUGAAGGCACCUGUUACCUGAUUCCUUUUUCAUCUUUUAGAGAGAUGCUUUGUGAUGCUUUGUAAGAAUAAGACCAGAAAAGAAAAAGAAAUGAAAACAAAACCCAGCCCUCAACAGAGAUUACAGAAUGGAGACAGGGAGAAAAUAUACAAAUAGAUGCUACAAAAGUGAGCUUGAAGAGUGAAAUCCCCCACAGCAUAAGGAGGAGUGGGAGGCAGGAGAGGCGACCUGGGUCUGUAAGGAGUAUAGGAUCAAAUAGGCAAGAGUGAUGAAACUGGGGAAGCAAAUUAGUCCUAAAGACUUAAUUCAGCCCAUACUUUAUUUUAGGAAGAGGCUGACACACAUGUGAAUAAAAAUGCUGCAUUCCAGGAAAGAGGGGGAAGCCUUCAGGGCUGAAUUUGCUGUGUCUGUGUAGUUGUAAGAGCUCAGGGGGAAACACAGGACAGGCAUGGGUCCACGCUGGGAAGGGAGUGGUUCCAGACAGACCAUGACUCAUUCUUCCCUGCUUCAGAGGGGCUCUGGGGUGCAGAGGCGCAGGCAAGUGUGAUGUCACAUCUGCCCACCACACGCAUUCCCUGGCCCUGAGCUCACACAGCUACGGUACGUCCAUAUAUAUCCACGUGGUUUCCUGUACCAUCAGACUCCAGGCUGUUUACACAAGAGCCACAUUAGAUUCCUCAGUAAGCCUUAGACUGUUUCAGAAGGACCAGCCAGAGUGUGAGGAAGGACCACAGCAGGAGACAGUGGCUUCCCACUGGGCUCCGAGAUGGCCAGCACCUUCCCCGCUGCUCUCUGUGUGACCACUGGGACUCGAACCUUUAAAGAGUGCUGGGGGUGGGGGUGUAAGUAAGUGGGAAGCAUUAUACUUCUUAGCUCAAUCAUGUAUUUAUUCCUGAUUAAUGUAAACCUAAUAAAUAUUUAACCCUUGGAAGGGGGGAGCCUCUCGAUUGAGGCAGGUGGAAAA